UUAAGAAUUUUCUCUCUCUCUCUCUCGCCCCGGCCAACACAGGCUCGCACUUUGAGAUAUUUCCGUAAUUAUCACUGGGAGCUUUGUGCCGUUUGAUGAGGUGUGACGUCAGGCUCGCUUGGCUCAGUUCCUCUCGGAUCGGCGCAGCGAAACUUCCCGGGUGGUGCCCGCCGAACCGGGCCAGCGAAACCAGCUGGUCGGCGGCGGCAGCAAGCAGCAGCAAAGCGCUGCUUCCGUACCUUGUGGAGAUUUUUCCUCGUUCAUUUUACUGUGGCGUUUUCUUAUUUAAACAAAAAGAAUCAACUUCAACUUUAAACAAGUAAAAGAAAACGGGAGAAAGAAUUGAAAAUCCAACUCUAACAGAACCCAAGGGGAAGGGGAAGCCCUGAGUGAGCUGAACACGAACACCAACCCGGAUUUGGGCUGAGGGAAAGUGGUGACACAGGUCGGAACCCUCGGUCACAGCCGGUAUAAAUUUUAAUGCUUUGUAACUACUAGAUUUCAAAAUACUAACAAGCUGGAAAGCUGCAACCUGUUUUAUUUUUCUCUCACGGCGCCGUCAAUGUGGAAUUAAAAGGGCUUUGCAAUGAACCUCUGCUGUGUUUAGGCAGAAGGAAGCGGUUGAAGUUGCUGGAAGAUUUGUUGUAGGAGCAGCGUCUCAUUCCUGGUGCUUUUGGGGGGUGGGGGGCAACCAGCGCUUCAAAACAUCCCAUCCAACCUCGAUCUUAUCUCUCCUCAGGAGUGGGAGCCAAGGAGACUCAUCAUCAUCAUCAUCAUUAUGCUGUUGCUGUCGUCGCCGUAGGGGCUGGCACAGUUUUGAAACCUUUACCCGGGGAGGAGGGGGAGGGUUAUCCCCUCUUUUAAGUUUUAGAGACAUGAAUCAAAAGAGUCUUUGGGUCGUAUGAAGAAAGCUAAUGGACUUUUAUUUGCGUCUAUCCUGUAAAAAAUCAUGGCGAAAACCAAAGAGAAACGCGUUUGGAAGGAAACGUAUGGCGAUUUUCGCUCAGUGCCCGGAGAGUGCAUCAGCAGCAAGAAGGAUCGCGACAAACCCAAUACUAAGUUAGUGGACUCAGAAACUGGCAGAGGACGAUCCGAGAAUUUUAAUAUGACAGAGUCUCAGUCAUUAGGAGGUGUGAAGAAGAAUAAAGUUGUGGAGAAGGGAAACUUCAAUCAAAAAGACGUCAUGCUGUCAGCAACCCCCUUGUACAGCAACCUUCCCAGCUGGAUGAGUACUGAUAGAGUUCGCAUGUGUGGAAUUAAUGAAGAAGGUAGGAAAGUCUCUGUAAGUGAUGGUGAAACACAAAAAAACAUGAAGCGUUUUGGGAUUAGAGAAGAGAAUCAUAUGACCCACAACUUGAGUGUGGUGGAUGCUGCCUCAGUGAGACAAAUUGAUCGACUUAGAGCUGCCAGUGGGAUCAUGCAAGAGGAGCUUAGAAACCACAAUGGUAUUAUAUAUCCUACUGCACAUGGGCUAAGAAAUGAAAAAGAACAAGAGGCUGCAGUGGCCAUGACCAGUCUGGGAUUUAUGACUGAUAGAAUGUCUGAUUUGAAUUAUAAAGUACAUCCACCAGAAACACUGGAAAAUGGAAGUGGUUGCACAAAGCCUCAUGAAAGCUUUAGCACAUUGUACAAAUCACCUCCCGGUCUACAAAAUGCUGCUAGUGCCAGAGGUGAACCACUGGGUUUAGAAGGAUCUUCAGCUGGCAAACAAGCUCCAGUAAAUGGAACUGGUCCAAGUUAUUUGCGACUUCCGUGGGUUAACCCAUACAUAGAGAGCCCGGCAUCAGGCAUGUAUUCAUUUGUGGACUCAUCAAGCAACUACCCAAGGAACAUGUAUAAAACAUGUCUGAUACCUUCACAGAACUCUUAUGGCUUACCGCAACACUUAACCUAUUCACCUGUUUGUAGUCACAGUGACCGCUUCUUAUACAUACCACCUCCACACUAUGGCUUGCCUCCCAUCCCUUCAUCUCUUCCUUCUCCACUAAGGAUUACACCAGCUGCAACAUCACCCAUAAUGUCGUCUAUGGUUCACUGUUCUGAAAAAUGCCUUUCAGGGAUAAUGACAGGUAACCCAAGACUGCCAGUUGAUCCACACAUUUUGACUCAUCAGAUUUCAAGUAGUAAGAAAACAAGGGUUCCAGCUACUGAAAAGUCAAAUGCUGGUAGCAUUUCUGCUGACCCAACUGCACUGUUGCAAUCUCCAAGACCACCUUCCCGGCUUCACCUAUCCUCACCGCAGAUUGGAGAGAACUCUUCUGAAUUUCAGAAGCAUCUUGCUAGGAUAUCUGGCCCUUCUCCCUCAAUGGCACUUCCUCAUGGUUAUUUAAGUCUAAGUAGUGAAUUUACUUCUCCUGUUCGAUCAGUAAAUGGCAAAACCGCAAAACCACCAGAAUCUAGUGAAAACUUCCAACAAGCAGCAACACAUUCACGAAACACUCAGCCUGAACAAAAAACUACUAAGUCCCCAUCACAGCAAGAAAAACAGACCUCCACCAAAGACUGCAAUGAAAAGCCUCUAGAUCUGUCUUCUAAAGUAGGCUGUGGUGAGACCUCAAGUGAUCAGACGUCAAAGACUGAGAGUACUGAUAAAGUGGUACCUGGCAAAUGGCGAAACAACUCUUCAUUGUCAAGUAAGGAAACGCAUUCUGAAGGUUUUUCAACUUCAAUGCACAGUGAUGUUCCUGUUGAAAGGCCUCCUAUUAUUAAUAAAUUGCACUCAACCUGGGCCAUUCCUAGUACCAGUUCUCCAGGAGACCAUCAAACCAGUAGUAUAUUGGUGAGCAAUAAAACACUAGAGCGUAUAAUUCCACAUCAGAGAAGCUCCUCGUGUCCUAGGAUUGGGAGUUCCAAUGGUUCUGUUACUCAUAUUCCGGGUUCGGUCUCUGGAUUGGGCCGGCCUGCAUCUGCUUCACCUUCGCCAAAUAUUAAUACUGAGUGGGUUCAGUCUGAAAAGGCACAUAGGAAUAACUCUUCAAAUAAGACAUCUGUCAUUCACCAAACAGGACAGUCCUCUCCAAUACCAAGUAAGCAGCCUACUAAAGGGACCAAAGGAAGCUGUCAAGAUUUUGUGUCACAUGCAAAUGAAAGUGGUCAUUCAUCAGGUUCGAUAUUUCUAACUCCAAAUGAGACAUUUCUAUCCCCACCUUUACCAUAUCCAAAUAGGUAUUUCACCUACUCUACACCAGAAGGAAUCCCAAUUAGCCAUCUUCCCUUACCUGACAAAGGACUUGUAUUUCCCCAUCCUGCCUUAUUGCCCAAUGGCAACUUGUAUGCAGGAAACUUAGCACCAAAGCACAGACUUUCUUAUAGCAGUUUGCCAACAUGCAGAAGUGAAUACACCCUAUUCCACAACACACAGAAUUUGAUCAACCCUAUCAUCUCGCCACACAGUGUUCAGGAAGAAAAAAGGAGUGAAGGCACACAGCGACGAUCCAGAUCACAUGAUCGACUUCGAAGCAGUGAAGAACCUGUUAACAGAGAGAGACCAGCAGAGAUUUCACAAAAGAUAAAUGCAGACCAGUUACAUGCUUCAGGAAGAAGUGAACCAUUAUGUCAUAGUCCAAAGAAUCAUGGCAAAACAUUUGCCAAAGAUAAUAAGGACAAGCACCUGAUCUUAGAACACAAUGAUCAAUGGGGUAAAAUUGAAGCAAAAACAUCUAAAAAGUGUAUCCCAUCAGAAGGCAAUAACAAACAAAAUUCUACAAAGGAAAGCAGUGAUAAAACAGUUGACUCUGUGGAAGCCAUUUCAAUACAAGAUGGUAUCCAAAAAGACAGAGAUGUCCAUAAGGGAGUUGAGAUCUGUAGCUUAUCACAGGGCCAGUGUUUACCAAAUCAGAACAUAAACAAAGAAAAUACUUCAGACAGCCAAAGCAAAGAAAGUACAACAGUUCAAUUGAUUGCUGAUGUCUCAGAGGACGAUUCCAUUAUUGACCAUGUUGCCACAUCUUCUGGCAAAACAAAUACAGAGAAGGAAUUUGGUGCUGAAACUGGGCAGUUUUUGACUCAAUUGAAUCACAGUGAUACCAAAGACAGAACUGAAGAUCUAGAGGUAACAGCUGCUAAAUUUAUGAAGCCGAAGAAAUCUAAUCUAACAAAGCGAAUAGCAAACUCAGCUGGGUAUGUGGGAGAUAAAUUUAAGUGUGUCACAACUGAACUAUAUGCAGACUCUAGCCAACUUAGUCGAGAACAACGAGCACUACAGAUGGAAGGAUUAUCACAAGAGGACAGUAUUUUAAAUCAGCCUGCUGCUUACUGUGAGCGUGCUAUGAUGCGCUUUUCUGAGCUUGAGAUGAAACAACGGGAUGAUAGUAGGGUGUCUGAGGAUGCAUUAGAGGACAACAAAUUAGGUGACACUGAAUGGAAAAGCUUCACUGGGAAGAAGGAAAAGAAGUCAAAGGAAGAUUCAGAAGAUGAGAUUCCAUCAGUAGAAAAUUUUGAUGAAGCCUUCCAAAAGAAACAAAAGAAUGGAUUCCGAGAUUUUAUUCCACUUCUUCUGCAAGUGCGAGCACACAACAAGUCUGAUGAUCUAGAUAGCAAUGCAAAGCACCUAGAUCGGUUGGUUGAAAAUCAUGAAAAUGGAGAACAUUGGACUGAUCAAACCAAUGCAGAGAGUUCCACCCCACAGAAAGUAUCUCCUUCUAAUCAGGACUUUGAAAAAACUCUACAAGCUUAUCAUCGUGAGGAUGCUAGUUAUAAUUCUGAGUCAACCUUUGACCAGGAUAGCCAAUAUUGCAAGGAAGUUUUAGGAAGCAACCAAGAUGAAAUGAACAUUCAUGAAGUACAAUCAGAGAUGAAGGGAUAUAAUGAGACUUGCAUCAAUCGAUCAAUGAUGCCAGAAAUUUUCAAGAUGAAAAGAAAAAGACAAAGUUCCAUUACAGUAGAUGAAUGGACUGAAAAAGAGAUGAAUGAUGAAUCCACGGAUAAUUCAGAAGAUUCGCACUCAAGCGAAGUAACAAACCUAAAAGUGUGCAUUGAACUGACAGGACUCCAUCCACGCAAGCAAAGACAUCUGCAACAUCUAAGGGCACUCUGGGAGCAGCAAGUGUCUCCCAACAAAUCCUCUCCUUCCAAGACAGAUCGACACAGCAGAAAGGAGUUAGCUGGAGGCAAGGAGUCAGAGAUUAUUACAAAAGAAACAAAAGUCAAAGACAGGGCAGAAGAAAAAAACAACAAGAAAGCAUCAGAGGCCAAGGCCAACAGAAAUGGAUCUGAAGAGACCUUCAAUAGAAAUGACUUCGAGAAAGGUUUCUCUACACCUCCAGUAUCUCCAAGGAAAAAGACAGCACUAUCCGGAACAACAAGUAGCAGCUGGCAAAUACAGCAAAACUCAACCAGCACACCAGUGUCACGAUCAUCGACUAAAAGACAAAGAAAUAAGGAAGGCCGCAAACUGAGCAUCUUGUGUUCUGGAAAGGAGGAUGACCAUCUUUAUUCACCAAUUUCACCAAAGUAUUCAAACACUGAACGGGAAAAACCUUCAGGAAAGCGCCAGUUCAAAACAAAACACUUAACACGGCAGGAUAAAAGAAGGUCAUCUUUGACAGCAGAUGACUCAACUGAUAUCGAGAGCUCAGAAGACAAGGCUAGUGUGAUCAGGAAUUCCAGAAAACGCCCAGCACUAACUACGGACACAGAUACCACACCAAAGAAAGCAUGCGAGCAGAAGUCCUCUGAUCGUUUGUUGCCGAUUUCAUUAAUACUGCAGUCCUCCCGGCCUCUGAAUGCACAAGCAGUCAGCAGUCCACAGGAGACACCAACAAAUCGCCCCAUGCCACCAGAAGCACGCAGACUCAUUGUCAAUAAAAAUGCUGGUGAGACUUUGCUGCAAAGAGCAGCACGUCUAGGCUAUGAGGAGGUAGUGUUGUACUGUUUGGAAAACAAGGUUUGUGAUGUAAAUCAUCAUGAUAAUGCAGGUUAUUGUGCUCUACAUGAAGCCUGUGCCAGAGGAUGGCUCAGCAUUGCAUGUCACCUUCUGGAACAUGGAGCUGAUGUUAACUGCAGUGCCCAGGAUGGAACAAGGCCGAUCCAUGAUGCAGUAGAAAACGAUCACUUGGAAGUGGUUCGACUAUUGCUUUCAUACAGCGCAGAUCCAACAUUGGCCACAUACUCUGGUCGAACUAUUCUGAAAAUGGCACAUAGUGAAGUGAUGGAGAUGUUUCUGUCAGAGUAUUUUGCUGACUUGCAAGGUCGAAGCAAUGAUAACCCUGGUUUGUACUGGGAUUUCUAUGGCAGCUCCGUGUGUGAACCAGUGGAAGAGUCUGGAUUUAAUGUCUUGGCUAAUCCACCAAGCCCUGGUGAUGAGGAAGAGUAUAAUGAUGAUGUGUUGGAAUUUGAGUUUUCUGAUGCACCUCUUUUACCUUGUUACAACAUUCAGGUCUCGCUCUCUCAGGGUCCCCGGAACUGGCUGCUAUUAACUGAUGUGCUACGGAGAUUGAAAUUGUCAGCCCGCACCUUUCGGUCCUCAUUCCCUCAUAUUGAAAAUGCCACCAUUUCUGAGGUGGAAUUUUAUAGACAAGCUUCUUUGAGUCAAGUUUUUACUUAUCCAGAGGACUUUGAAACUCCAGACACUGACAAUAAAGAAACACUGGAGCUGGUUGAAUUCACAAGUGAACUUCAAGACUUGUUGGGAUCAUCUGUCACAUACCUGUAUGCUGACAAUGAGGUUGAAACAUGCAAUUAACUGUUGAAGGAACAAUUCACACAUUAACUGCUGUUCCUACAUUUAUGGCCUACAUUUUAAAAAAAACCUGUAAAUUAUGUAAAUGAUGUUACUUUAUGGAUUGUUGUGUCUGGGGGGAGAUAAAUGAUAUUCUAAAUACUAAAUGACAUAAUGUUGUCUAUGUUCUUGUACAUUUGAAAACCAGAUUUCCAUUUUGGAUGGAAAUGCGAUUUUUCAGAAAAGUAUCACUUUGUUUAUAAAUUUCUUUUGUAUGCUGUCAGUUUCUUAUCUUUCUGUAAAUGUAUUUUUCUGCUUAUUGGCAAGUAGCCCAAGUUAGGAACAUUUUUCCUGAGCCACUGCAUAUGUAAACACAUUCAUUUCAUUGUUUUAUUUUAAUUUGUUUUUUUUUGAAAAAGAAGCACUGAUUUUAAGAUGGUGUCCACUUUCAGAUCCUGUGGACUCUGUCACACAAUCUGUUUAGGAGGCUUGGUUGUGGUGAGGCACUUCACUUUAUUGUUUACAAAGUUACCUGCUGUGGUCAGGUACACUUAAUUGGGUAAAAUCCAGUAGCUUGUAAGAUAAUGAAAAUGGUAUCCUUGCAUCAGAAAAAAAUUUGAUUUGGAUUUACUUUUAGAUAACCACCCUCAGACAUCAUCCAGUCCCUUAUACAUAUAUGUAAACAUGUUUUACUUUUUCAAUUUUAUUUAAAAAUGAAUUUAAUAUUUUUUCUGUACUUUGUACAAAAUUAUGAAAUUUAAAAUUUUAGAGGAUUGUACAAUAAAAUCUGUUUUGUCAAGAGUGGAGUUAUACACUGUGGAUGUUGGGGAACUAAAUGUUUCUGAUAGUUGUAUAAUAUUUUAGAACAUCUGUUUAACUUUGUAAGUAAAACUGCUGUAUAUUUAGGUUUAUAUUUUACACAGUGACUAAAACAAUUUUUUUCCUUAAAACAAAAGCCAAAAAAAAGUGUCUGGUAAUAAAGACAUGGUUUGAUAAAGGG